GCGCGCCGCAGCGCCUCUUCCUCUGCGGGCCUCAGGAAACGCGCCGCCGCCCGCCUCCUGCCGCGUCCCAGCGCCGCCGGGCCCCGCGGAGCCGCCCUCCACCUCCCGCCUCGGAGCUGCGGCUGGGUCGGGCCGGGAGCCUCGGAGCCUGCGUGGCGCGGCGGCCGGGCCGAGCGGGGAGAUGAACACGGUGCUGUCCCGGGCCAACUCGCUCUUCGCCUUCUCGCUGAGCGUGAUGGCGGCGCUCACCUUCGGCUGCUUCAUCACCACCGCCUUCAAGGAGCGCAGCGUGCCCGUCAGCAUCGCCGUCUCCCGGGUCGUGCUAAAAAAUGUAGAAGAUUUCACUGGACCUAGAGAAAGAAGUGAUCUGGGAUUCGUCACAUUUGACAUUACUGCAGAUCUGCAGAGUAUAUUUGACUGGAAUGUUAAACAAUUGUUUCUAUAUUUGUCUGCAGAAUAUUCAACAAAAAACAAUGCUCUGAACCAAGUAGUCCUUUGGGACAAGAUCAUCUUGAGAGGAGAUAACCCAAGGCUGUUCUUAAAAGAUAUGAAGUCAAAAUACUUUUUCUUUGAUGAUGGAAAUGGUCUCAAGGGAAACAGGAACGUCACUUUGACUCUCUCCUGGAACGUUGUACCAAACGCUGGCAUUCUACCUCUUGUGACAGGUUCAGGACAUGUGUCUGUUCCUUUCCCAGAUACCUAUGAAACAACAAAAAGUUAUUAAAUUAUAAUAUUGAAUCCUAAGCAACAUAUUUUUAUACUUGUAUAUUGUGAAUAAAUUUUAUUGCGAUUUCUUCUCCCAUCCCAUGCAGCCCUUCAAUAUAAGGUACUUAAUUUCCUCAGGUCUAACAGCAUAGGAAAGGGAAAUGAAAGUUCACUUUUUUAAAUAAACUUCCUUUAAGUUUCAGCUUCAAUGUUUAAUUGCUGAGUUACAAUUUGGGGUUUUUCUUUUGUUUUGGAAAACUGAGGACUCUCUUUGCUGACCACUUCGGUGUAGGUCUGCCUUUUAAAUAAACAUCUUAAAACCAGAAA